GGUACUCUAAAUUGACAACCAUGUGAGCUUUUGGCAAAUUAAGGUUAUGUUGACAUUUCUCGCUGGUCUGACUGAGUAUGGUGGAAGUGAAGUGAAACUUUUAAACUAAAUUGGACUUAAUCGGCUUUCUUUAGCACCUGAUCAUGACCUCCGUAACAAGGAGCCUGAACACCCGUGCUGUUAGGCGGCUAGAGAAACCAAGACCUUUAAAUCGACCAACGGAGGGGGUUGAGUCAUUCACUCCAUCUAUUGAAACAAAUAUAAGCGAAGGAGUCAUGACUCUUCUUGAUUUUGUAUCCUCUACAAUCUCCAAAGAAAACUUUGACGAUGUUCUGGCAGUGAACAUUGGUAUGCUCUGUAAGCAGCUUGAAUUGUAUGGUGCUCAGCUAGAAGCCACCAACAAAGCCCAGUUAGAUCAAGCGUUCUAUUUAUUCCGGGAUGCUUCUAGAAAUAAUAGAUUGGAUCACGUUGCUCGAUUAAAUCUGCUGAAACUUAUUGAGCUAAGAGACUCUCACUGGCAACCUGGAAACAAUUUUACAUCAUUUUAUACAGCAAGCUUCAGCCCUGGAUCAUUGGAAAACGCUGUCAAUGAACUGACACUUAACUCCAAAUCUGUGCCUUAUCCUCCCCUCUCACCUGUUUUGAGUCCUGGAGAAAUGAUCAAAGCAUCAGGAAAGUUUCCUAAACCAACAAAGUUGCCAGGGAAGAACUACUGUAAAGAUGAAGUAGUUAUUCGCAACGCUGACUCAGGAAAAGUGAUGGGAAUCAAAGGCAGACGUGUGCAUAUGAUAGAAGAACUGAGUGAAACUAUUAUUUCGUUCCAGAGAGUCCCAUCAGGUGCUAAAGAGAGGCUUGUGCAAAUCACAGGACCGUCAGAAGACAAUAUAUCUCAUGCCAUCCACCUAAUGGAUGAUACAAUCAGGAGAAAUGCAUCGCCAAUCCGAGAACCAGUCGAAAAAGACCAAAUGGGUGGAUCCAGCUCUAGUCUCAAUAGCAGUGCAUCUGAUGAAAGCAACAGAAUAGCCAACCAUAUCAGUGAGAAACGAUUGCACAGCAAUUCAACGAACGAAUCAAGUUUUGACGAAUUCAAGUAUACUGUAACUGUGGGUAAUGAAGUUAUUCGUAUUGUCUCAAGUAACUUUGGUCUAGCCAUGACAGCGAAACUUGUACUCGAUGAACAUUUUGCAAAUGCUUCAAAUCCGAUCGAAUCAUCUGAUUAUUUUUCUCCGUGCAAAAGUAACAGUAGUAUGUAUUCAGUAGGUGUAAACGAAGUAGUGCCCAGUAUUUCAAAAAAAUUAUCAAUGGACAACGAUAGCCUAAAAUCAUCUGGCAUAUCUCUCGGCAGCACCAGUAGUUUAAAUCCAAGCUUCUCUUCACUAUCCAGCACUCCAAGCGGAAUCGCUUAUUCAAAUUUAUCCGGCUCUGUCUUGAGCAGUGAUCUACAAAGCCCACCUAUUGCGCAACCCUUCUCCUCUUACGUUGCAAACAACUUGAUCAGCGACUCAAACCAAAUUGGAAAUCAGUCAAUACUCAGCAGCAAUUCAAGCAUUUUGAGUCCAGUUAUAUCGGCGGAUUCUGCUAAUAAUGUGAUUUUAUCUAGUCCCGGUGACCUUGUGACCCCCAUCAGUCUAGCAGAGCUGAAUGAUGGUCGCAACAAAGCCUUUAGUCUCAACCAAUCUUUAAGUGCACUUCUUUCUGUUACUUCCACUAAGAAAGAUGAACCAAGAAUCAAGCAGUACUCUAAAGAUGCCCUUGAAGCCCUCCGAUCGUCGAACAUCUCUUCAGAACCACCGCAGAACUGGGAGAGAAUUGCAGAGGAGUUCCCAUCAAUCGUUAAAACGAGAGGCACCGUCUCCUUACCGACGACACCCACCGCCGGUAACUUCUCACCCAGCGGGCUCUUCGCUUGCUCGUCCGUGCCCACCACACCCCCGGCGUACAACACAGCCGGUGCACCGACCGGACCCGUCGCGCUGCCAGUCACUCGUCCAGCGGUCACGACGACUGAUCCUCCCCAACCACGUCCUCCACGUACGGUCAGUCCAGCCUCUGCGAGUCCACUCGUGCCGCAUCCAGCACGUGCAGCGCCCGAAGUCAUCUCAGGAGUGGUCACUGCCGGGGUCUCUCCAACAAUAUCAACCUAUGUGUCAACUGACAUUGUAUCGACUGCAUCCUAUAGAACCCGUGAAUCUGCGCUGCCUCCGGCAAUGUCAACCACUGUCACGAACGAGUCAACUGACAGUGUAUUGACCGCAUCCAAUAGGACACGUGAAUCUCCAGUGACUCCAUCAAUCCGGGCUGCAGCCUCGAGAGGGCCGACUGACGGUGUAACAACUUCAUCCGAUAGAACACGUGAAUCUGCGGUCCCUCCGGCAAUGUCAACCACAGCCACGAACGAGUCAACUGACAGUGCAUUGACCACAUCCAAUAGGACACGUGAAUCUGCGGUAACUCCAGCAAAUACAACCUCGGCUGUAAAAGGAGCGAAUCCCAGUGUAAUAACUGAAUUUGAUAGGACACGUGAAUCUUCAGCUACUUUGACCUCACCGAAGAAAGUGUCAACCGAUGAUGUCUCCACUAGAACACGGGAAUCUGCAAUUACUCCAGCAAUUUCAACCUCAGCCGUGAAAUUGUCAACUGCCGGCGUGUCGACCGCGCCCGCCAGGUCACUUGAGUCUGCACAGGCUCCGAUUCUCGGAGGGAUAGCUCCAAGUAAACCUGUCACACUCUCAGUAUCUCCUGAAUUGGGUUCCGCCUCUAAUCCACCUACUUCUACCAUGGCUAAUGUAUCAAACCUACCUGUAACACACAGUUCUUCUGUAACUUCGACGACCAAUCCAUCUGUCACACAACUUGUGCCACGUGGUUCCAGCUCUGAGAGCAGACCAAUGGCGCCCGCUCCUGAAUCUGGUGACCCUAGGGUGCCCUCCACAACUGUCUCCGGGACGGUGACCUCGUCAAAUCCAACUGCAGCUUCGUCAGUGUCUCUUGUAACGAGAGCGCGGGAUGUUACUUCGACGGUUGCGGGUGCAAAGGAUCCUGGCGCCGAAAGGAAGUCCGAAACUGAUUCUGUCACUGCUGCACCCACAGGCGUAAAAGGUAAUCCUUCGGGUGAUACUGAGAAAAUCAUCAGCGGAUCCAAAACGCCGAAGUAAUUUUUGUAUCGUCUUCCCAAGUAGCAUUUUUUAACGGGAAAAUCGCGAUAUUUUAAGAUGAAGUUGCGAUUUUUUCACGAUUUUCUGGCGAUAAAAUCGCCAGGAUUAUCAACAUCUGACCGAUUAUAGUCAACAUUGUCGCAAUUUUAUCCCUGUAAAAUCGUGAUGUUUUCUCACUUUAUCGCGAUUUUUAGUUCGAUAAUAUUGCGACGAAUCGCCGUCAAUAAAAUCGCAAUUUUAUUGCAAAUUUAUGCAAUGAAAUCGCAAUUUAUCGCAAUUUUUUGUCAGAUUCUUUCACAAUAAAUCGACGCCGAUACAACCGCUAUACAUCCUCCCAUCAAAUCGCACCUAAUCGUGAUACUGCUACUUGGGUCAAAGCUUAAACUGAUCGAUCUCUGGUUUUAAUUCGAUUGAUUGCAGUUAUGUUAAUCUUCACUCACCUCUACACGUAGACCAUUGCUUCCGCUUAGUGAUCAGCACGCGAGGCUUAUUCUCUUCAAACCCACUUUAAUUUUUCCAUUAAAUACUCGUUUUCAUCCAGAAGUGAGGGCUCAUCAAUUUUCCCUCGUUUUCAUAUUUUGUACUUUUAUGAUAUUUAAUAGUCAAUUACUCAUCAUAUUAAAUUCAAUGUUUCAUUCUCUA